AAUGAUAUUAGGUUAGGUUUUUUACAGCCACUGCAGCAAGCAAUUAGAAAGGAUAUUUUCUAACAUCUGCUAUUGAAUGGUUUGAUGUAUGGAAGUUAUCAAUACUUUUAGAAAAUUAUAUCAAGUAACUUUAAAUGUAACGAAAUCAAGUCAAUUCGUUUGUGCAUUUCCAUUUCAUAGUAGUAUUUUCCAUUCAAAAAAUCAUCCGAAGUGGGGUUCAACGAAAAAGAAUAGGAAUAUUAAGUUGAAUAGAUUAUAUUUGGAAGAAAUGGCCGAUCCAGCAAUUGAACAAGUACUUGCACCUUUACGUGCUCAAGUUAAAGAACAAGGGGACUUGGUACGAACACUUAAAGCCUCUAAUGCGCCAGAUAUCGAAGUAAAAAAAGCAGUAGCUGAAUUGAAAGCUCGAAAAAAAAUCUUGGAAGAUAAAGAACUCAGUUUAUCACCAAAUGUGACUUUUGAUAGGGCUAGAAUGGAGGAUUUAUUGAAACGCAGAUUUUUUUAUGACCAAUCAUUUGCCAUAUAUGGUGGCAUUACAGGCCAGUAUGAUUUUGGUCCAAUGGGUUGCGCUUUUAAGUCUAACUUACUACAAACUUGGAGGCAUCAUUUUGUUAUGGAAGAACAAAUGUUGGAAGUAGAUGCAGUUAUUCUGACACCAGAGCCUGUACUCAAAAAAUUUUUGAAAUAUCUUGUUCGAAUUCCGCGUUGCCAAAAAUGCAAACUUAGGCAAGAUCUCCCACAAUGGAGUGAGCCAUGUUGGUGGUCACAUCAACUUAAGUUGCAGCGUGCUAAGAAGAUUAGAAAUCGACGACUUUAUACGAGAUCUCGCAAAUCACAAAAGAAUACUGAGGAAUGUUUAUUUAAUUUUCGUGAAGCGACUUGCGAAUUCAAAAGAUUGGUGAAAUCGAGUAAAAGAAGGUUUUGGCUAACCUGCUGCUCACUAUUAGAUCGCAAACCAUGGAGGACAUCUUACAGAGCUUCAGGUCAUGUGGAUAGAUUUGCCGAUCUCAUGGUGAAAGAUUUGAAAACAGGCGAAUGCUUCAGGUUAGAUCAUUUGAUAAAAGCACAUCUUGAGCUUUUGUGUGCAGAUAAAAAGACAUCAACCGAGACUAAGAAAGAAUGUGAAGAUAUUGUAGUAAAGCUUGAUGGUAUGACCAAAGAUGAGAUGGCAGGGGUACUGACUAAAUUUGAAAUUAAAAGUCCUUUAACUGGUAAUCCACUAACUGAACCUAUAGAGUUCAAUCUGAUGUUUUCCACUCUAGUGGGACCUGUAGGAGAGACAAAGGAGUUCCUACGUCCUGAAACUGCUCAGGGUAUCUUUGUUAAUUUCAAAAAUUUAUUAAAAUUCAAUGAAGGAAGACUUCCGUUUGCAGCAGCUCAAAUAGGUCAUGCUUUCAGAAACGAAAUAUCGCCUAGAUCUGGUUUGAUACGAGUUAGGGAAUUCACUAUGGCUGAAAUAGAACAUUUUGUGGAUCCACAACAAAAAAAUCAUCCAAAAUUCGAUGAGGUCAAAGAUACUGAACUGGUUUUAUAUUCAGCCUGUAAUCAGAUGGAUGGCAAAGCUGCUGAAAAGAAAACAAUUGGACAAGCAGUCGAUGAAGGUUUGGUAGCCAAUAGUACUCUUGGUUAUUUUAUGGCAAGAAUUCAAAAAUUCCUUAUCAAGUGUGGUGUAGAUCCUCAAAGAUUACGAUUUAGACAACAUAUGAAUAAUGAAAUGGCACAUUAUGCUUGUGAUUGUUGGGAUGCCGAAUGUCUCACAAGCUACGGUUGGAUAGAAUGUGUUGGCUGUGCAGAUAGAUCUGCAUAUGACCUGACGCAACAUACUGAAGCUACAAAAGUAAAACUAACUGCAGAAAGGAAUGAACCUAUCGAGGAAUUUACACCCAGUGUUAUUGAGCCUUCAUUCGGAAUCGGAAGAAUUAUGUAUGCGAUAUUCGAACAUAAUUUCAAGAUGCGUGAGAAUGAUGAACAACGAACAUAUCUUGCUCUGCCAGCUAUCGUAGCACCAGUUAAAUGUAGUGUUUUACCACUCAGUCGAAAUGAUGAGUUCGAACCUUUCAUAAAGAUACUCUCUACUGCCCUCACAAAACUGAAUGUGUCCCAUAAAGUGGAUGACAGUUCCGGUUCUAUAGGGAGAAGAUAUGCAAGAACAGAUGAAAUUGCUAUACCUUAUGGGAUUACUAUUGACUUCGAUACAUGUAAAACACCACAUUCUGUAACCUUAAGGGAAAGAGAUUCUAUGAAGCAAGUCCGAAUAUUGCUUGAUGAAGUUGCAACUGUUGUGCACAACUUAUCAUUCAACAAAGAUACUUGGGAAAAUGUAGUUCAGAAAUACUCAAAUGGACCUCAAGCAUUUGAAAGCUCAGGGGGAGAAAAUGCUACUGAAUCUCAAAAUAAAAACAUUUUGAAAAAUUCUAGUUCUGCAUCGGAUAUUACAGUAGAUAAAAAUAAAUUGAAUGAUUUUUUGAGGAAUAGGUUCUUCUAUAGCCCAUCAUUUGAAAUAUAUGAUGUUUUCAACGGCAAAUAUGAUUUUGGACCUGUGGGUUGUGCUAUAAAAUCAAACCUUCUGCAGAAUUGGAAGAAUCAUUUUGUGUUGGAAGAGCAGAUGCUUGAAAUUGAUUCAUCAAUAUUAACACUCGAGCCAGUACUUAAAGCUUCUGGUCAUGUAGAUAAAUUUCAAGAUCUCAUGGUUAAGGAUUUAGGUAAUAAUGAAUACUACCGUUUGGAUCAUUUGGUGAAAGAACAUCUUGAAAAACUUUGUUCAGAUGAAAAUACAUCAGCAGAAAUCAGAACAGAAUGUCUAGAUAUUAUCACAAAGCUGAAAGGAAUGGACAAGGGAGAAAUAUCUACAGUAAUUAAAAAAUUCAACAUUAAAAGUCCAUUGACCGAAAAUGAGCUUUCUGAACCAACUGAAACUAACUUGAUGUUCGCUACACAAAUUGGACCAUCUGGAUUGAUAAAAGGGUUUUUGCGACCAGAAACGGCUCAAGGUAUUUUUAUUAAUUUCAAAAGAUUGUUAGAAUUCAAUCAGGGCAAGCUACCUUUUGCGGCUGCUCAAAUAGGAAAGGUAUUCCGAAAUGAGAUAUCACCCAAAUCAGACAUAUUACGAGCUAAAGAAUUCUCAACAGCAGAAAUUGUCCAUUUCAUUGACCCAUCAGAAAAAGAACAUCCUAAAUUCAAUGAUAUUAAGAAUAUUGAAUUGCUAAUUUUUUCCUCUUGUGAUCAAAAAGAAGGAAAACCUGCUGAGAAGAAGAGCAUUGGUACAGCAAUAAAUGAGGGUUUGAUAUCUAAUGAAGUUCUUGCUUAUUUCAUGGCAAGAACUCAGUUGUUCCUCAUAAAAUGUGGUGUGUCUCUUGAUAAAUUACGAUUCAGACAACAACUAGAUAAUGAACGCCCUCAUUACGCUACUGAUUGCUGGGUUGCAGAGUGUCUUACUAAUUAUGGCUGGAUAGAAUGUGUGAGUUGCAUAGAUAGAUCAAAUUAUGAUCUUACCCAGCAUAGUAAAGCAUCAAGUGUGAAAUUAACAGCAGAAAGAAGAUUAACAACACCUAAAGAAGUUAGUGUAACAGAAGCUGUUCCAAACAAAGGUAAAAUAGGAAAAACAUUCAAGAAAGAUGCAGGAUUAAUUACAAAAGCUUUUGAAAGUAUGCAGUUGGCAGAUAUUGAAAAUCUCAACAACAAAUUAAAUGAUGAUGGAGAAUAUACUUUAGAUGUAGGAGGUAAAAAAUUCACUCUACAAAAAGAUAUGGUUGAAGUAAAGAAGUACCAACAACUCAAACAUGUUGAAGAAUUCAUCCCAAAUGUCAUUAGUCUUUCUUUUGGUGUUGAAAGAUUGAUGUAUUCCUUAUUUGAACAUAAUUUUAUGUUGCGCGGACAAGAACCGUAUCUGUCACUUCCUGCAGAUGUCUCUCCAAUAAAAUGCAGCAUUUUAUCGAAUCAUAAAAGGGAAGACAUUGAAACCUACAUAAAAAAUUUGACAUCUGCACUGAGUGAACUGGAUAUAGAUCACAAAGUUGAACACAAAGAUAAUUUGGAUAAAUUAUGCGUUAAAACAGACCAAAUGGCUAUACCAUACAGUGUUAUUAUAGAUGCGGAAGUUGCUGGAAAAACAAAUAGUGUAAUUUUGAGGGAAAGAGAUUCUACGAGCAAAAUUCAAAUUCCUAUUGACGAGAUAGCUGUAACAAUCCACAACUUACUAAGUAGUAAAGCUACAUGGGACAACCUAACGAAGAAAUAUACUUCCGUUUCUUCAUAAUUUUAUAAACAUAUUGAUGCAUUUAUUUAAGAAUAAAAAGCUGAUUGAUUGAAA